GACUACAAACAGAAAAAUAAUGAGAAACGCAGUGUUCACCAUCACUCUGGCUGGAUUGUUCGUUGGGUCCCUCUCGCUAUGUGGGGAGUGUGAUAACUCGUUGUGUCCUGAUAAUGGUUCUUGCAAUGUUACCACACUUGAUGAAUGUGGCUGCUGUAAUGUCUGUGUCAGAGGUAUUAAUGAGAAGUGUGGCGGUGCCUACGGUAAAUACGGAGUAUGUCAGCGUGGAUUAGAGUGUGUUGAGGAAGCUGAGGAGAUUGCUUUUGUUGGCAUCUGCAAAGUUGCCAGAGACUGUUCCCGAGUGAGGUGCUCCAUACCCUCCCAGCCUCACUGUCCCCAGGACUCGCUAGUCCAGCGUGGGGAGGUCCUGUCCGGAGAGUGUUGUCCCCAACCGGACGUGUGUGUGUGUAACGAGUGCCGAGAGCGUGCGCAGUGUGACGGUACUUUCUUCAGAGCGCAGAUGGUUUUUAGAGGGACUCAAACCCCUGGUCACUGUUGUGAUGUGCACGAGUGUGUGGACAACACAGGUAACCCUGACUGUAGCAAGGUAUCGUGCCCGGAGAUAACGUUUGAGUGCCCCUGGGACUCCCUUUACAUACCCAGCCCCGACUCCAACUCCAGUAACAGUUGCUGCAAGAUUCCAGGCCGGUGCGAGUGCGACCACACAAGGUGCAGCGAUGUAGUGUGUCCGGCUAAGUACACCAAGAAACUACAGUCCGCCGCGGAGAACAUGCCUGGAAAGUGCUGUGACAUCUUCGAGUGUGUGCCAGACGAAGGGCCCUCAGAUGUAUGUGUAGACCCUCAAACCGGUCUCAAAUACGACAGUGGUGAGUUCUGGCAGCGCGACCCGUGCACUCCCUGCACAUGCUUUAGUGGCGCGCCACAGUGCUAUAACAACCCCUGCCCACGUGCGACCUGCGCUAAUCCUGUCAAGAUGGAGAAUGAGUGCUGCCCCAGAUGCCCUGAUGAAGAACAGUGCGGUGCAUUCAAAUGUGAUCUGGACUGCAGUGCCGGGUACACUCUCGACUCAAGGGCAUGUCCUCUGUGUCACUGUCAGAACGAUUCAACCUGCCCUAAACUCAACUGUGAAAAAGACUGCCUCUUUGGAUUCAAGACAGGCAGUGAUGGUUGUGAGAAGUGCGAGUGUCACACCUGCCAGGACAACAUGAAGCACUGCACCCUGUCUUGUGGGUACGGGUUUGAGAAGGACACCAGGGGGUGUACUCUCUGCAAGUGCAAGAAAGAUAGUUUUGGGUCUACAAUGCCACCAGAGAGAAGUAGGUGCUACGAAAACGGUGAAAUCCACGAGGAAGACGACACGUGGCACCCAAACCACUGCACUAGUUGCACGUGCUACAGUGGAAGGUCAGUUUGCUCGUUCAUUGACUGUGAACACCUACUGGGAUGUAAGAACACUGUUACUCUGCCCAAGACUUGCUGUCCCGUCUGCAAAGAUGGAUGUGUGGACAGUAACGCAGCGCAGAGAAAGGAAGGAGAGACUUGGAUUGAUGACUGUAAAACUUGCACAUGUUAUAAUGGCACAUCAGAGUGUAAAGCCCACAUUUGUCCGCCCCUACAAUGCAAAGAAGCAGUGGUCGUUCCUGGGAAAUGCUGCCCUAUCUGUCCCACAGUCAUGCAAAACGUUGUUACUGAGGCGGAACAGAAAUACGUGAUAGUUAUUGUCGCGAAACAAGACCUCCACACAAUGAUGGAGCGACAGAACAGCUUUCUGAAGCAUCUUCAGAAUGGCAACGAGUUUACCUUCACCCUCAAGCUGCUAUUUUCUUCAGACAUAAGACUACUCCGAGCAAAGUCUUCAUCUAGCAGUAAAUUUGCGGGGUGUGUAGCCCUGGUGAAUGCAGUGUUAAAAAACGAAAAAGGCUUUGUCCUAGCGAAUAAGGUAGUGUCGCAACUGGACCACAAGGAGCUAAUGAUGGUAGAGCCUGACGUUAUUGAUAUCCUAACAUACUCUGAGUACCUAGACUUAUCAGCCGUAACAGCCGCUACAACAGCGGAAACCUCCAGAGUUAGUGUUGGUGCAAUAGUCGGAGCUGCCAUCGCCUCCCUUAUCAUAGCAGUCCUUCUCGUGCUGUAUGGCACUCGCAGGUACAUGAUCCUGUCACACAGACGGAAGUUCAAACACUCCGCCAGUAUGGGCGCCAGUGCAGAUCAGCUGAUCCACACUGUCGACGCAAGUCGACUGACCAUCAACUUCAGUCGUACUCGACCAAGUAUGGACAGUGAGUUGUCAGUAGGAAGUCCUACUCCUUCCGAUCUGUCCCCGGCAUCCUACCAACCAGUCCCAAUACGGGGCCACGACAACUUCGCCUCUCAAUACAACCCCCUCAGCCAAGUCUCAAACGCGAUACCCGAGGCAGAGGACCCCAACUCUUGAGACUCUCCUCACGUGACGUCACAUGUUGUGUGACGUCACGUGAUUUAUGACUAUGUGGUACAUGUUGGUGUUUGUGAAGAUCGGUGAGCUCAGAAUUUGAGGUGUUUUGAUUGUGCACGGGGUUGCAUGAUGACCGAUGAAACCAAGGAAGAGAAUACUGAAUUAACCUGCUUAAAUUAAACUGAAUAUGAUCGGUCAUCUGAUUAGGAAACGCUCACAUAUUACACCAGCAAGAUUUGGAAGAUUUGAGACCUCCUUCCCCUUCCGCAUAAGAAGGUUUUAACACUGAGUUAUCGCACAAGAAUAUCACAGAACUACCCCCGGAAUCGUGGGUUGCUGACGUAAUAUGUGAACGAUCCCUGAAUUGUACUUACUCAGACCGUAAAGAGUAAAACUCUUCAUAUUUUCAGAAGACGUGGCACGUGUCACUAUUAUAUAUUUGUGCGGAGCUAGACAAAUUAAAAAACCAAUUUGAUAAUUUCAUUUUUCCAGGGAGUUUUGUAUGGAAUUGAAGUUGAACCUUACCAUUUUUGUAAAAUUAAGACAUGGUUAAGUUAAAAUUCAUGGCGUUUGAAAGAAACGUUUUUCUUGCAGGAUUCUAUUUUAUAUAAGUCCAACUUUGGGUUAAAACCGUCCCCAUUACUCGGGAUGGUGAAGAUUUCUGAGAGUUUCGUGUAAAUGUUACCCAGCAAGUUUUGGCUAGAAAUUAAUUAAAUACAAGGACAGGUUUAUUUGUUAAUUAUUUGAAAACAUAUUUUUUGUCAGAUAUAUGAAUGUGCAGGAUCAAGAUUUUAAAGAUAUCGAAGAUUUUAAAGAUAUCGAAGGUGCUACAUCCUCAAUUUACCUAAAUUUACGAUCAAAUGACCCCGGAAUUAAUUCUUUCGUUGAUGACUGAUGAGAUGUCAAUUUUUGGAUUUAGGGCCUUUAAACCUACACUGUAUUUAUUUAGUGAUGUUUUGACUUGAAUAAAAUGUUCGAGAGUUUCCCAUGAUUCGUGAAAAAUACGCUGUGCAUUAUUUUCAAAAACAAGCUCCAGUUUUCCUCCGCAAUAUGGAUUCCAUUUUAUGCAGGAAUUUAGUCUGGGAUUACUUUAUAUAGGCCCAUAUGAUUUUGAAAUCCGUUCUCUCUUCAUUGCAUUGUCUUUGACUUUGAGAUUGACGUUAUCUUCCCAAUCAUAAAAUUACGAUCCCAGGUAUUAUUAUUCUUUAAUUAAUAAGUUAAUUCAAGUUUCGCUUAGCCUUGAUGUUAAAUUCGCAGGACGAAAUGUUUCUGGUUACAUCCAAGCAGAUUUUAUAGUGAAGAGUUGAUAUUUAUAUUCGUAUUUGUGGACUGUUCAAUAGCUUCAUCUUCACAAUAACUUUUACAACUUUUACAAGUUUAUACAACG